AUGGCACCCCACUCCAAAGAGCUGCAUACGAUCCUCGGUCUCCCGCAGAAGCCUGAGCCUAGCUUAGAGGCCAUUCGCAAAGCUUAUUACGGCGCAGCUCUCAAGUAUCACCCCGACAAGAACCCUGGAGACACAAAUGCCACGGCUAAAUUUCAGGAACUGAAGAAGGCACACGAGACGAUCUUAAGUCGAUAUGUCACCAUAGAAGAAGAAUGCGAUGUAGACAUCAGCGAGACUUGCUAUACAGAGGAUAAGCAGCUCACUUUUGACAAAAAGCCAAAGCGAGUGGCAAAGAAGGUCGAGAAAGCGAAAAGACGAGCUGAAAAUGAGGAGUCACAGGCCAACGCUCGUGCCAAUAAAUUUUUCGAAAUGAAGAAACUGGCUCGUGAAGUGCGCGAACUUCUAACUCUAGAGAAGGAGAUCGAGUGCGAGACACUGCGAUUGGAAAACAAGCAACCGUGUCUUGGACAGCGAAAGGAGGACAUCCAACCCAUGACUGCCGACUAUCAUCGAAGAGCUCUUACUCUUGCAAAAGCCCAAUUGAAUGGCCGAAACAGAAAGAAACCGCGGCCUGAGAUCAAUCUUGAUACUCGUGCCAAUGAAAAAAUGAUCCUUGGCGAUGUGUUUGAGGAAUUCGAGACUGACCGAAGAAAUGAGAAUUCUCUAGAAUUUGAGAUACCUUUGGAACGCGUCGACUUCGAGAGGGAACGUCAGGUAAAGCAGAACAGAAACUUGUCAUCGCUGGCCAGUGAGACAGAAGUUCGCCAAGACGCGCAGGUCUUGGCAGAGAAGGUGAACAGGUUCUGGUCUACUAAGGCUUCGAAUUCUGAGCAACCAAAUGUCGCUCGUGACGCCUCAAAAGUAGAACGGCCUGAUGACACCGACUGCAAAUUUGCGGCUGCUGCAUACACGAGAGAGCAUCUCGCCAUGUUUGCGCAGAUGAGUGGCAAUCCAGAGCACUCCAACGUCCAUGCCGUUCAGGUUUAUGAAGAUCCCAUAGCCCAGAACGAUAACUUGUCACAAUCUCACUACUGCGAUCCGCUGUCGAGGAAAGGAAGGUGGAAAGAGGGUCACGAAGUCAGACUCGAGCACUUCCCUCGAGGUAAAAAGCACCUGCGACGAGUCAGAUGGGGUCCGGCAGAAGUGCUGUAUACCAGAAUAUGA